AUGAUUUCUGAGAUUGAGGAUAAGGUUCGGCUGAUUAGGGACCGUUUGAAGGUAGCUUCUGAUGGGCAGAAGUCUUAUGUUGAUCUGAAAAGUCGAGAGAUUGAGUAUUCUAUGGGGGACUUCAUGUUUCUAAAGGUCUCGCGUUCUGAGCUACCUCCAAAGUUGGAUCGGAUUCACGACAUGUUCCAUGUCUCUAUGUUAAGGCACUACCACUCUGAUCCUACACAUGUUGUUCCUAUUGAGGAGAUCGAGGUUAGGCUAGAUCUGAUAUUUGAGGAGGAGCCAGUCCAGGUAUUGGACCGCGAGGUUAAAGUUCUGAGAAGAAAGUCCAUCCCACUGGCUAAGGUUCUUUGGCGUAAUCAUAGCUCUAAACAAGUCACGUGGGAGCCCGAGGAUGCAAUGUGA